AUGGCUUCUCUCACACUGCUGCUGCUGCAUCUGUUGCUUCUGGCCUCAGCUGCAUCUGCAUGGGCCACGUAUCCUUACUACAGAUAUUAUGGAGGAUCAGUGACUUUCACCCCAAAAGGAACCAAGUCACACGGGACUUACGAGGUGGAACUUCGCAACAAGCAAGCCACGUACUUCUGCUACCAGAACAGCUACACUUGUUACUAUGGUAACUGUGGGUCUCAGACCCAGAGCACCAGCGCAGGAAUUGCAAAGAAUUCCUAUGGUCUCAACUGGUGCCAGAACGAGGUGGUGACAAAAAGAAAACUCAACAGUAACCGACCCUUUGCGAUUAGAUACCCCACUUACUACAACACUCAAUAUGGUCAAGGAUACUGGAUAGCAAACACCAGAAGCUCACGGGCGGGUUGGAGCAUGAUGGCACAUGUGGACCUGGGAACCCGAUCUGAUACCGGUGAAUCGAACAGAUCUCCCGUCACUACCAUGCUGCCCAUUCUCAGAGUUCCCCAGAACUGUCCACGAAAAUUCAACAUGACGGUGUUUGACCCUGACGGUGACCAGAUCAGUCCAACAACCACAACUGCUCCAACAACCACAACUGCUGCUCCAACAACAACCACGUAUCAUCAAUCAUCGAUUGCUCCUUUAAGCAAACUUCCACUGCAGUUUUCUGUUUUUGUGGACGCCCACCAUGCCCCUUCAUGCCUUGAUGGUGAUUACUUUCCCACUUUCUUGUCACCAACUCCGAGCAAUGGAGUAAAUCUUCCUGCUUUUGUCAACCAGACUCUCCAAAUCAAAGUCAGAUCCUCAGCACAAUACAGCACGAUUCAUGACCUGAUUAUCUCUGGACCAAAGGGGAUUUCAAAGCACAGAAUCUCCACAGAACAGUAUAUCAUAAAAUGGACACCAACUGAAAAUGAACUGAAUGAUCAUUUUCCUAUUUGCUUUGUUUCUGAAGCAAGAGACAUACACAACCGAGUCUAUCAAUCAGAGCUACGCUGUGUGAUUGCUGAUGUUGCACAUUAUGAGACCACUGUGACAUGCAAUGAAACAACAAUAACGGUAGAAGUGGAGAAGUCCGAUCUCAUCAGACGCAAUGAGGACAACUUGCAUCUGAACGACUUCACAAAUCCUGCCUGCAACCUGACAAGACACUCCAACUCAACCCACCUGGUGGCUGUCGUGUCACUGAACACCUGUGGGACCAGAGUAGAGGAGGAUAACGAUAACAUCAUCUUCAAGAACGAGAUCACCUCUGCUGACCCAACUCAAAUCAUUUCCAGGCAACAUGAUGUUGAGAUCGCCUUUUCAUGUGCCUAUCCGAAGCGGACCAACCUGACUCUGGGAUACAAGCACAAAAACCCAUACGCCUUCUCAGAGAGAGGCUUUGGUGCUUUCACCUUCCAGUUUGAAUUCUUCCAGAGCCAGCGGUUCAGAAAUCAAAUUGAUGCCGGGACCUACCCAGUGGAAGUGUAUCUCAAACAGAUGAUAUUCAUGCAGAUCGAAGCAACCACAUCCAUCCCCAACACAGAGCUGUUUGUGGAGUCCUGCAGGGCAACUCCCUAUGACAACCCAAACUCUCGCAUCAGUUACACCAUCAUCGAAAAUGGGUGUGUGAAGGACAAAACAGUGCAGGUUUACCCUAGCUCCAAAUCUCAGUUCAGAUUUGGAAUGGAGGCUUUUGAAUUCAUUGGUGCUCAUGACGAGGUGUACAUCACCUGUUCGGUCAUCCUGUGUGAGGCUGGCAUGCCUGACACCAGGUGCUCUAUGGGAUGCAUCAGAUCCAACUCUGGGACAAAUCGUGGCAAAAGAGAAGCUGUGGCUCAGACUAGCAGGCACUCCAUUUCCCAGGGACCUUUGCACCUGGCUAAAACCUCUGACAGUCAAGCAUCUGGCCUGAGCCUGAAUCUGGGCAUGAACCUGGUCCUCAUUGCUGGCUGCCUCCUGGUAUGUGGAGUGGUGGUCUACCGAUCAAGGAGAUCCAAAGCUAAAUACCAACUCCUGCCGACCUCUGACACAGACUGAAGAUGGUAUUGGUAGUUUGAGUCAUUGUCCAGACUGCGAAGAGUUGCUUUUGUGUACAUUUUCCCAUGUAAGUAUAACAUGGGAAAAUUUUAUAUUUUGGGAAGGAAUGAGUCCUAAAACUCAGAAAUUAGUCCAGUUGCCUCGUCCUGAAGUUUGUGGGUAUUUUAAAUGGGUUUUUGGUUUCAGUCACUGAAAUAAAAAUCUGUGGUGUCACUAUGACAUAAAAUAAAUCAGUAAAGUUUCUAUGUCUCAACUAACAAGUGGCUAAAUGAGACUACAGAGGUUGUCUGGGACUUUAUGAGUCAUCACAUCCUGGUUAUGUUUAUACUCAGGUUUUUACAUACUAUUACUAACUUUGUAGGAGGCUUUUGUGGAAGAGGUCAGAGCUAAAUCAAACUACAAGUCAAGUGGCAGUGGUGACAUUGAAGUCAUGUGGCCAUGGUGUAGUUCCUUCACAGUCUAACAUUAGCUUUUUCUUUGUAUAAACUCAUUAAUGAAGUAUGAUCCAAAUUCCACAGAAUAUUCUCUGCUCUUAUUAUAUUAUUACUAUUAUUACUAUUACUAUAUAAUAUUAUAUUAUACUUAUUUAUACAAAGUUUGUUCUUAACAUAUUGUGCUUCACUAUCUGCCUACAACAUUCUUUUUAGUGAAAUUAUGACCUAAAGUGCCAUAUACCUAUUUUUAUAAAUAUUCAUUCAUAUUCAUUUAUAUGUAUU